AUGGACGACGAGCGCCAAUCCCGCAAGCUGCGCCAGCUCCAAGCCGAGAUGAUCGCGCUGGCCAACGACCGAGAAAAGGCGACGUCGGCCGACGAAUGCCGCGCCAUCGACGCGAAGCUGCGCGCGCUCGCCGAGCGGGGCGCGGCGAUGAAGCACGUCAAAAUGUCUCCGGAGGAGAAGCCCUGCGCCGCGUGCAAAAGGCCGACGGCCCGGACGGUCGUCUCGGAAGGCCGGGCGCACCGGUUCUGUUCGGUCGAGUGCGCGUCUUCCCGCGUCCGAAUCAAGGCGUGUCGCCUCGAUGGCGUCGAGGUGGACGUAUCGUUUUGACGCCGUCGGAGAGUGAGAGACACGGUUGCGUUGUGCUGAUGCGCGUCGAUGGCGUACUGGUGUUGUACUGAUGCGGUGGAGUACGCCGUCGGUACCCGCCAGUACGCCAUCGACGGAUGGAAGCUCGCGAGCGGGGGCGGGUCGGAACAAGAGUACGCGCGACGCAGGCCAGCGCCGCGGCUGGAGCCAGACGGACGGGAGCGCGGGCGAGGCGCCGCCGCCGCCGCGGAAGCCGAUCGGCGCGCUCACGCUCGACGCGAAGAAGGACGAACAAGAGGACCGCGACACGAUCGUGGCCUGCGGCGCGGCGCGGCGGCGGCGGCAGCGACGGCCCGACGUCGUGCUCGACUCGACGCCGCGGCGGGUCGCGCCGCCGCCGGACGGGACUUUGCGCGUGGCGGGCGCGCCGCAGAAGCUCCUGCCCGCGCCGCCGCCGCCGCCCGAGGCGUUGCUGGACGGGUUCGAGAGCGACGAGGUCGUCGAGGACUCCCGGACCGGUGGUGGUGGCGGGUGGGGGCGGGGGUUUCUGUGA